AUGUCCACGAGCGACUCUCUUUCAGCCUCUCCCAUAGAUGCGACUUCAAUACGGCAAGAAGCCUACCAGUCAAUAUCCACCUAUCUGAUCCCUCCAUCGACCCAGGGUUCCUCAGCCGGCUCGGUCCUUCCGCCAGAUGAACUCCCGAGCCCAGUUGUGACGGCGGUCGAACGCCGCAUCAUCUCACUGCUCGACCUCAUUAAGCAUAUGCGGGACAGUCUCACUAGUGACAACCCGGAGAUUCGCUCUUUGGCCGUACAGCUCCUCAGCCUCGUCGUGACGACAUUUGCUCCCGUCAAAGACCUGCUGCCCACGUCGGAGGCGUCAAGUACAGAGGCCGGGGAAAUUGUCAACGGAAAGCCGCUCUUUGAUAAGCAAGCUAUUUUGACCUUGGUCACGUUCUUCUCCUCUAAGCUCGAGGAUGGGGAGAUCGUGGCUGCAGAGAUUGCGCGCAAACUCAAUGCGUCUACGAGCACAACGCCGGCCAGUGCUGGAUGGUCCCGACAGGCGGCCGAAGGUGGUGCUCGCGAGGGAGACAAGCGGUGGCUAGGAGGGCUAGUACCCCGAGGAAGCGAGAUGCUUGCUGCUGGACUGGUGGCGUUGCAGCGCCUAAUCUGCCUGGACUCUUGCGGAUCAGAGGCUGCCAGGACGGUCGCAGAAGCAUUGAUCGAACAUGUGAAGCCGACAGACCACCCGCAAGCUCUGCGUUUCCUCAUUUUCAAGCUUCUUGAUUUACUCGUCGCACGGCACCGCGCUCAUGCACUUCGCUCGCUGGGCGCAAAAUUCCUUCGCGGGUACAUUUCUCUUGCUAAAGGCGAGAAAGAUCCGCGAAACUUGAUGCUCCUCUUCGCAACCGACCGUGUGCUGCUCAUCGACUUUGCAGACUUAUUGGAAAGGGAGGAAAACAGAGACAUUGUCGAGGCCUUUUUUGACAUCACGUUCUGCUACUUUCCCAUCACAUUCCGCCCACCACCCGACGAUCCGUACGGCAUCACGAGCGCAGACCUCAAAGCUGCACUCCGCGGAUGCAUGACCGCGAAUGCUCGUCUCGCGCCGCACGCCAUGCCUCUGCUGCUUGAGAAGCUAUCAGCAACGGGCGGAGCUGCGAAGCUCGACACGCUCGAUACAUUACGCGAGGCGUUCCCCAUCUACGGGCGAGCGGCUGUGCAAGCACAUGAAAAGGCGCUGUGGGAGAAUCUCAAGAUCGAGAUUUUGCACGCGACAGACAAGGAGACAGGCUUGGCAGCACAAGAGACGCUUGUCAGUAUGCUCGCAUGCCUGUACACCAUCCCGGACCCAGUCGACCCGCCCACUGGACUCGCGCCAAAGAUCAUGGCGGAGAUGCUGGUGGAGCUUGAAAGCCCCGAAAAGGUGCUCGCCGCGCCGGCCGCAAGUAUCGUUGCGUGUCUCAUCCGCGCAGGCGCGAGCACAUCUUAUUUUGGGCUUUAUGGCGCUUUCGAGAGACUGCUGGAAAUGUUUAAAGACCCGGACGAGAUCUCGCUUCGUGCGCCGAUUCUUGGUCACAUUGCCACUUUGCUCCGAUCCGUGCGCGUCAGCUAUGCAGGGAAUGGAGGUGGUGAUGGUGUUGGCCGACAAGAAACUGCGAGGCAAACCAAAGAUGCCACCCACAAAGACGAUAGCUCGAAGCUGAAAUUAGCGUUCGCCGUCUCAGCUGCAUCAUCAACAAAUGCGCUGCGAUACUUUUGGUCUGCCGCCACGUCACUUCCACAGCGAAGUUACGAGACGGAUCGAAAGCCGCUUGACAGCUUUCGGAACGCUAUCCUCGCUGCACUGCACAACGGUAUCCGCUCGGCCUCUUACCGCGCCAAUGCGCUCGCUGCGUUCGUUCAGGUUUGUCACAUCGAUGAUUUUCUCACUUUGCAAGAGAUUGGGUAUCUUUCGGAAGCUAUUAACGAGCUCCUUGUCACAGACGCAUGGCAAGAGGGAGAAGAAGGCGGGAUCGUUGGCGCAGGAUUAGACGAGGUUCGCAGGUUAGCAAUGGAUGCACUCAUGGAUGUCGCGAAAAUCAAUGCGAAGGUGCUGGAGACAACGACUCUUCCACUUCUGUUCGGCAAAUUGCCGGACCAGCUGAGCGCAUUCGACUCGGAUGGAAGCGGAGAUACGCAGAUGGACCACGCUGUUCCUACCCUGGCUACCCAGCCGCGGUUGCACGCGCUCUCGCCAGCAGAAAUCAGACAGCGUACCGCUAUCCGCCACUCGCUAGGUGCGCUAGCGCGUCUCGGCACGCAGUCAAGCCUCUUCGACAUUCUCAUCGUCAAGCUUUUGACCAAGUUUGAUCUCGCCGUCAUGCGUCCAUGCAACACGGAGCAACACCGCACUGCCAACGUCGGCUAUGCCCGUGGACUCCUCAGCGCAUUGUACACCAUCACAAGAGAGAAAGAAAGACGCGGAGACCGCGACUUGGGCAAAUACGCUGCAGCAAGCAUCCCAAGACUGCUAAUGCCGAUGUUGUCGCACAUUCUCGAACCCUCGGCCAAUACAGCGAUAGCGGCUGUUGCCGCCGAUGCAUCACUCAAUCGUGACGUCGGAGCGUUGCUCAUGCUGUUUUCACGCAGUCUCAGUCUUGAAAAGCAGAUUGAGCUGGCGAGGAAAGUCUAUCUGGCGAUCGAACAAGGGGAAUUCGAGCAGCUGCUGGAGCAACCACGUUUUCGGACAAAGAAGGAUGGUUCCGUACCCAAAACUGAUUUUGCUCCGCUUUCCAGAGACGAUGCGCAACGCGAUAUGUGGUAUUUGAUUGCAUCAAUCAUCAUCCCCUUUAGACAGGAUGUUCCUCUUCCAUUUGGAGGCGAACUUCUGCCAUGGGUCGAACGCCAGCUGGAUCAACUACAUGGCGCGCGCUCUCUUCUGCAUUUCGACGUAUGCGCAUUGUCGCUCGCUAGCGCCAUCAACAAGCACGCCGCGGAUCCACUGCCCCAAGUCCUAUCCCAGGCUCUGCAGAGCUUCUUUGACAGGCAAGUCAGAGCUGCAGGAGCACCUCGCAGAGCACAGUCCCUUCGAUGCUGGCUAUACAUCCUCAAGGGGCUUUCUAUUCGCAAUAGCAAGGACUUCGACAAGAAGCUCAUGGACCUCAUCGCACUGUGCGAAGAUGAUUCUAUCGGUCCUCAGCUUGCUCGGUCGUUCGAUAUAUUGGCAAAGGAGGACUCUGACAUUCUGACCAAGGCCAAUGGGCACACCGUCCGGUUGCUGUACAGGCAGCGCCUGUUCUCUGUGUUGCUUCCCAAAGUCAUCGACGGCUACCGCACAAACAUGAGCUUGUCAGAUCCAAGCACAAGAGCGUCGAAGCAGUCCGUCUACCUCAUCGCCCUCACUGCAUUGUUACCGCAUAUGCCCAAAGCGACCACACAAGAACGGCUUCGCGAACUAUUCCCGCUUCUCAUCCAGGCGCUCAACCUGCCAGACGCCCAGACUCGCGGAAAUGCAGCCAAUACGAUCGCCGUCGCCAUCAUCGCAGCACACAUCCAGAAAAGGCGGGUAGAAGAGGAAGAGGUCCAAAGUAUGACCAGGAGGGUCGCAGCGGGAGCACACGCAAAUCUCAACGCCAAAGCCAGCAACACUUUCCUUGCGCUUACGCUUGCGGAAGAUCAUAUCGGCAGUCUGAUCUCGCGUCUGCUGGCUGUCAUUGAUCCCCAGCAGACUCCACUAGAGGCAAGUCGCGUGGCAGCUCUUCGAUGCUUGGCCGCCUUGGCGCGAGGUCUGCCUUAUCUCGCUUUGCAUCCGCAUCGAAUUAGUGUCCAACGGGCUCUCGCUCGGACCGGAACGGGCGUGGAUGACCCCCGCCGCAAGGUCAGGCUCGAAGCCGUGGAAGCGAGAGACGCCUGGUUCACGUUGCAUGAAUAG